AUAAUCCCAAGUAUCCUGAAAAUGUCCGACGCCGCCGCCCCAGCUCAAGCUCCAGCUCCACCAACUCAUGCUCCAUUGACCCCACAUAAGCACUGCAACACCCGUGACCGUCUUUUCGGACAGGAUCCUCCAGCAGUGGCAUCUCCAAAGCGGGUCACACCAACCUUCAAAUCACAGAUUUUUGAUGAUGUUCCAGCGUCUCCAUCCAGAACUCCUAAGAGGACCGUUCAAGUUGUUUCUCGUAACCCAGUGACCGGAGAAAUCAAGCCAUCACCAUCCCAACAACAAGUCGCUGCCUAAAACAACCUCUGUUUUUAAUUGUAUUUUUUUCAAAUUCCUGCUUUUUCCCAUACUAUCUAUCUGUCUGUAUUUGCCUAUAUUUCCUCUUACUUUUUCAUGCAAAAUUUAAUAAAAGAAAUUCGAAU